UGACCCGGGUGUGUGUGAUGGGACAGUGUAGAGUGUCUGACCCGGGUGUGUGUGAUGGGACAGUGUAGAGUGUCUGACCCGGGUGUGUGUGAUAAAGAGGGUAGAGGAAACUCACUCCAUCUCUUGUCCUUCAGGGAAACUGACUGCAGCCUGCAGCCUCUGCCCCGACACAGUGUCGACACUGGGAUGGGCCUUGAGCGACUGGUCGCGGUUCUGCAGGGGACGACCUCUAACUACGACACCGACCUCUUCACCCCCAUUUUGGACGCCAUUCACCGGGAGUCGGGUGCUCCUCGCUACAGCGGGCUGGUGGGGUGCAGUGAGGCUGCCUACGUGGACAUGGCAUACCGCGUGCUGGCUGACCACGUCCGAGCUCUCGCCGUCUGCGUUGCCGACGGGCUGUACCCGGGAAUGUCUGGCGCGCCGUUGGUUCUGCGACGGAUCCUUCGCCGGGCACUGAGGUUCUCCACCGAGGUCUUGCGAGCCCCAGCUGGACUCCUGACAGCCCUGGUUCCCACCGUUGUGGAGACUCUGGGAGACGCCUACCCAGAGCUGAAGCAGGAUGUGAGCCAGAUCAUGGACGUCAUUAGUGAGGGGGAGGCUGCCUUCCUGUCCUCCCUGCACCAGGGCCGACGAGUCAUCAACAGAACUCUGGGGAAGAUGGCGGUGGGGCAGACCUUCCCAGCGGACGUGGCCUGGUCACUCCAUCGCAACCUGGGCUUUCCCCUCGACCUGAUCAGCCUGAUGCUGGAGGAGAAAGCCGUCACCAUGGAUACCGAGGGCCUGGAUCGCUUGGCCCAAGAGGAGGCAGAGCGAGCACAAGGAGGCCCGUUGACUGUCAUGGAGACUGAGGCAGCCCUGGACCCCCGCACCCUCCAGGAACUUCACCGGACUGGGGUCCCCUGCACUGACGAUUCCCCCAAAUACUCCUACAGCAUCGACCAACAGGGCAGAUAUGUGUUUCCCCGAUGCCAGGCAGUUGUCCUGGCCCUGAGCCUUGGCCGUGGCCUGGUGCAGGAGCUGGGAGCUGGACAGCGGUGUCAGGUCUUUCUGGACAGAACCAACUUCUAUAGCGAACAGGGUGGUCAGAGCUCUGACCAGGGCUUCAUGGUGAGAGAAGGGCAGCAGGAUGAGGUGCUCCCAGUCCUGGACGUGCAAGUGGUUGGGGGAUUUGUUGUCCACGUGGUCUCUGUCCCAGAGUCGCUGCGUGUUGGUGACCGGCUGGAACUGUUUGUCGAUGAGGCCCAGCGCGUUGGCUGCAUGGUGCAGCACACAGCCACCCACUUGUUGACUGCAGCUCUGCACCGGGUACUGGGAGCACAGACCGAGCAGCGAGGCUCGCAUAUCACCGCCGAUAGGCUAAGGCUCGACAUCAGUGUCAAGAGACCAAUCACGGACUCACAGCUGGGGGAGCUGGAGACCACGUUGCAGGAGCUGAUCCAGAGGGAUGAGGAGGUCUUCACCACCGAGCUGCCUUUGAGCCGGGCCCUGGGCAUCCAGGGGCUGCGUACCAUCGAUGAGAUUUACCCAGACCCUGUGCGAGUUGUUUCCAUUGGAACCCCUGUAGAACAGCUGCAGUCUCCAGACCGCACCCAGCACACCUCUGUGGAACUCUGCUGUGGAACACAUUUGUUACGGACGGGACUGAUCCAAGACGUGGCCAUCAUCUCUGAGAGGCAGCUGGGGCGUGGGGUCAGCCGACUGAUCGCGGUGACGGGUCAGAAAGCCAGGCAGGCUCGAGCGAUGGGCAGUGCCCUGUGCGAGGAGGUGAACUCCAUGUCGGCACAGACACAAGAUGUCCCCAAAUCACUGCUGGAUGCCCGCAGGCUUGGCAAGGACAUCGGCCGGCUGACUGACGUGGUGGAUGGAGCAACGCUCCCGCAGCAGGAACGCCGGCAGCUCCAGCACCGGCUCCGUGCCCUGCAGCGAGCCGCCAACACCUGCACCCGCAAGCUGGAGGAGCGAGAGGCCGCCGACCAUCUCCACGUUGUCCUGGCGCAGUCACCAGACCAGACGUUAGUUGUGGAUACCGUACCAGAACAGCCCAUCACUGUCCUGGAGAAGAUGGUGAAGCUUCUGUCCAUCCAGUGUCCGAGCUGCUGUGUAAUGUUACUGAGCCCCCAUCCUGGGGGCAAGGUUCUGUGUGUGUGUCGGGUUCCCCAGGACAUGCAGAGCAGUCUGUCUGCGGUGGACUGGGCCCUGGCUGUUUGUGCGGACAUGGGCGGGAGUGCUGGAGGCUCUGACCUUAUCGCCAAGGGAACCGGGAAUAGUUCUGACUUGGAGGAGGUUCGCAGAAGGGCCGGGCAGUAUGCCAGAAGUCGAAUGUGAACAUCAGAGAUCUGUUGGCAAGGAGGAUCUGACCUCUAUCACUCCCCCAUCUCAAUGCAUUGUAUCAACCUGUCCCGGCUGUGGUUCUGACAAGGGGAUUUUUCUCCUCUGCAUCCUGCUACCACAUGAGUGGACAGGCAGCUGCUUUGUAGGGUGCGAGCCAUUCCAAUGUGUGACUAAUUAGGUCCCCUGGAGUGAGAGACAGGUUCCCUGGGGUGGAAUUGACAAUAGGACCCAGCUGGAUGUGUACAUGAGAUUAAGGAUUCUUUCCAUUAGAACCAGGAUUGACACCAGGACUUGGCCAUCCCCUGGCGGUUAUAUGCUCAGGCCACUGGAAGAGCAGAACAUCCGGGCUGUCAUUGCCUAGACCUCCUCCUGAACUGUUCCAGUCAUGCAUGCCAUGUGCCCAGUUCUCAAGGUCCUGCCCAGCCAUUAUGGACAUUGAACCAAGGCUGCCUACUCCUCGUGUAGGGGCCCCAUCAAUCACUGGUUCAUUCUGCUGUCUGUAUCCAGGGAUGGUGAUGUGGGCUGAAAGACCAGUAUUUUGAGAUACCAUGAGUAGGGAUGAUAGAGGACUGUGAUGUUUUCUGUUGUACAAAUUAAAAAGUUUUUGUGAAAAUUCAGCUGAUACUUUCCUUCGUCUAUCAUCCCCAUUACUGAAAUUGAGCUGGAGAGGAGGGAUCUGCAUGCC